GCCAUUUUCGGAGAUACUACCGAAGGUGAUGUCAUCUUCGUAAUGUGUAUGUGCCUGCGUUUUCAUAGAUUGUCAACAAAAUACACAAUUUUCAGACCCUGUCUCUGUUUAUUCUUCAAUUCCAUACAAAAGUAGGCCACAUUAAGAUACAAGAUACCGUUAAUUUCGGUUUUGCCACCGCCUGGAGAGAAACCCCGAAAGUGACGUCACAGUCAUGAAUUCUGUGUAGUCUGCCAGUUUGGGAGACUAUGAAAGCAAGCCAAGAACUGGUGUGCUGCUGUUAAUUUACGUCUUAAAAAGAAGUUAUUUAAUAAAUACCUUGCCAUGGAUAGCGACGAGGAUUAUUUGCCCGACGAAUCUGAAUCAGAGCCCUCUGAUAAUGACGAUGAAUUAACCAUAGAAAUGGGAAACGCAGAGCAAUCUUCUGCAAAUGAACGACAAGAGGACGAAGAAUUUCAGCAUAGAGUCCUGUCAGCAGAUGAGAUUGUCAAAUUUAUGGUAGAUACCAUCAAAGAAGUGAAUGCAGUUGUACAGAUUCCAGCUACAAUAACAAGAAUUCUACUAAACCAUUUUAAAUGGGACAAGGAAAAGUUAAUGGAGAGAUAUUACGAUGGUGAUCAAGACAGAUUGUUUAAUGAAGCUCAUGUUGUAAAUCCACAUAGAAGAGAACCUGCUAAAUCCAGACAAAGAGUAACUCGCUCAACUGCUGGUAGCGAGGAAAUGGUCUGUGAAAUUUGCUGCUUAGGAAAAACGAUGGGAGCAAUGACUGGGUUAGAGUGUGGUCAUAGGUUUUGUGCAGAGUGUUGGACAGACUACCUCACAGCAAAAAUAAUGGAUGAAGGCAUGGGUCAGACAAUAUCAUGUGCUGCCUUUAACUGUGAUAUACUAGUGGAUGAUGCUACUGUCAUGUCCCUUUUAAAAGAUCCUAAAGUUAAAUUGAAAUAUCAACAGAUUAUAACUAACAGUUUUGUAGAGUGUAAUAGAUUAUUACGUUGGUGUCCAGCACCAGAUUGUGGUCAUGUUGUUAAAGUAAAAUAUUUUGAUUGUAAACCUGUUCAGUGUUCCUGUAGCCAUAUAUUCUGUUUUGCAUGUGGUGAAAACUGGCAUGAUCCUGUGCGCUGUUUCUGGUUAAGGAAAUGGAUUAAGAAAUGUGAUGAUGAUAGUGAAACUUCCAAUUGGAUUGCUGCAAAUACAAAGGAAUGCCCAAAAUGUAAUGUAACCAUUGAAAAAGAUGGUGGUUGUAAUCAUAUUGUAUGUAAAAAUCACAACUGUAAAGCUGAUUUCUGCUGGGUUUGUUUGGGGCCUUGGGAACCACAUGGUUCAUCUUGGUAUAACUGUAAUAGAUAUAAUGAAGAUGAAGCUAAAAAGGCUCGCGAUAACCAAGAGAAAUCCCGGUCUGCUCUGCAGCGAUAUCUGUUUUACUGCAAUAGAUAUAUGAAUCAUAUGCAGAGUUUAAAAUUUGAAAGUAAACUCUAUGCAUCUGUUCGUACCAAAAUGGAAGAAAUGCAACAGCACAACAUGUCAUGGAUUGAAGUUCAAUUUUUACGAAAAGCUGUAGAUGUAUUAUGUCAAUGUAGACAAACUUUAAUGUACACAUAUGUAUUUGCUUACUUUCUUAGAAAAAAUAACCAAUCAAUUAUUUUUGAGGAUAACCAAAAAGACUUAGAAAUUGCCACUGAACAGUUAUCAGAAUAUCUAGAAAGAGAUAUAUCUUCUGAAAUGCUGCAUGACAUCAAACAAAAAGUACAAGAUAAAUAUAGGUAUUGUGAAAGUCGCCGUAAAGUUCUGUUAGAUCAUGUUCAUGAAGGAUAUGAAAAAGAUCUUUGGGAUCAUUUUGAAACAUAAAAUGAUCUUAAACUUAUAGAUAUAUUUUCACAAACUUUACAAUUUAUUCAAUACAAAGACAGUUAAAAAAAAUCAAUACAAUCUUAUCAAAAGAUUUUAUUUAUGGUACAUUUAUAUCUUUAGAAUUUUUUUGUUGAAUUUAUAAGGGGUAAAUAUUCUUUGUAUUAACUCCUUUUGAAAGGACUAGCAUCACAUCAUAACAAUAUUAAAAGGAGCUGCAUAGAAUGACUUUGACCCAGAUAAAUAUCUCACUCCCUUCUCAUUCCAUACUUAUUACCUGCAAAGGAUUUGUUGAUGUUCAUUCAAUAAAUUAUAAAUUAUACAGCAUAUUUAUUAUUGUAAAGCUUCACAAACUUCAUUUAGAUUUGAUUAUGAUUAUAAAAGUAAGUGCAUUUAAAAUGCAGUUUAUUAUAUGGUAUAUACAUGUUUUGAAUUUAUAUUUAAAAACAAAAAAAAUUACUGUAUAUAUUAUAUUAUUAAAACUUUUUAAUUAUUGUAUAGAUUAUUGAAGUGUUUAUCAUAUUUAAAGAAUUCUGGAAUUCACUACAACAAAGUAUAAUUCAUGUGUAUGAAUGAAAACUAUUAUACACUUCUGUCUUUUUGGAAAUGAGAUGGAGUAAAGAAAUCGGAUUUUCAUAUUUAUUAUGUUAGUAGAGAUAUAAUUUAUUAUAAGUACCGUAAAUAGUUGAGUAUUUCAAUAUGUUGAAAACCUUAUGGCUUAGAUUUUUUGACAUUUCUAAUGUCAAGCGUUACUAAACUGCCUUAAUUAAACUUUACUUUGUUGUUAGAUCGAAAUUCACAGCCUUGCUUGUGUGUAAUUUUAUUUAAUUAAUGUUGUGAAAUGGCUUUCUAUAAGUAUUUUGGAAAAAUGGAUAAAAUGGUGUCAAAUGCUCUUUUUUAUGUACAGAAGUAUCAAAAUACAUACCGGUAGUUAAAAUAUUUUGUUUGAAUUUUAUUAAUUUAUUAUUAAUAUAUGGGUAUUUCACCAAAGAAUUUACUUCAAAGGAAAGAAGUUACAUGUUUUUACUUAAUCUGGACAUAAUGGGUUAUCUUUUAAGUGUUACUAGUAUCUUUGUUUUAGGCUGCUGCUUGUCACUACUACUUUUACUUUCUGAAUAAGAGUGAAGACAAUGCAAAAAAUCAUAGAUGUUUAUUAUGACAUAUUCAAUUACAUAUUUGAACAUAUCAUUAAGAAUUUCAUAAGUUGUAUGAUAUGUUGGCAAUUAAAUAAUCUUUGUAAAUCAGUGUAAUUUGUUACCAUUACAAUUCUAACAAACUUAUUGAUCUCUGUGUACAGUUUUUAAACCAAUGAAAUUAUUAUAUGUCCUGAAUAAUUUACAAACCAUAUUCAUUAAAGGCCUACUUCUCAACACUUUUAGAAUAAUAUAGGAAAUUAAGACAGACCUUUGAUUAUCUGGUGAUUAAUUUCAUUUACAAUUUCCUUACAAUGAAAUUUAUAUUUGUCUUGAUAAAGCCCCAUGUAUUUUUUACUUUUACUGUUCAUGUCAGAACAGAAUUAUGAAUCGGGUAACAUCCAAAAAUUCACUUUCCUGCUAAAUAUAGCACAGAAGGUUUAUUCAAGUCCAAAACUUUUUCACACAACACCUGUCUGAUUUUUUAUGGGAAUUGUUGGUCUGGCAAAGGGAAU